AUGCCGCUCAUCAUUGUAGCCGGCUUCCCGACGUCCGGCAAGAGCACCCGUGCGAAGCAACUUCACGCCUACCUCUCGGAGCGAAUACAAUCGUCAGCUGGCGGCUCGCCCCCCAAAUAUCGACUGCACCUCAUAUCCGACCAAACCUUGUCCAUCUCGAGAUCUGUCUACGACCUUGCGUCCCUCCCUGCACAUACACGGUCCGCGAAUGCGUCCGAGAAGGAUGCCCGCGCCAGUAUCUACGGUGCUGUGAAAAGAGUACUCUCAGACAAGGAUAUCGUGAUCCUGGACGGGCUCAACUAUAUCAAGGGGUGGCGCUACCAACUCCACUGUGAAUCCAAGGCCGUACGCACACCAAGCUGCAUUCUGCAGAUCGGAUGCAGUAAAGACAAGGCAAGAGAGGUGAACGAGGAGCGGUUGGCGAAGCAGCAAGAGCAGACAGACCCGGAUUCCGCACACGAUGAACAAGAAGGACCAUACUCACCAGCGAACUGGGAGAAUCUGGUAUUUCGAUACGAGGAGCCAAACCCCAUGACCAGAUGGGACAGCCCACUGUUCACCUUGAUCUGGGACGACGACGAAGCACAAACGAAACAGGUCUUUGACAGUUUGUGGGACGCCAUCGCCGGAGAAGGCCGCAAAGUCAUCAAGCCAAACCAGGCCACUGUCCAGAGGAGCCGUGACGCUGGAGGAGACUAUCUCUACGUGCUGGAUCGCGAGACACAGGAUAUCGUCAAGCAGAUUCUGGACCAACAGUCCGACGAGGGCGGCGACGAGAUCGUCGUGUCUAGAGGAUCUGGAGGGGACGAGGACAAGCUGGUCGUCGAACUCCCAGCCGGGAAGAAGAUGGGGCUGCCGCAGCUGCAGAGACUGAGAAGAGCGUACAUGGGUCUGAACAGGGGGGGCAUUGGGCUCGAGAAGAUUGGAAACCUCUCGGGGGCGAGCAGCAUACGUGAGAGUUUCGUCAGAUACCUCAACGAUCAGUUUGAGGCGGAUGCAUGA